AUGAAUGUCUGGUCUGGAGCUCUUGCGCUAGACAGCGAGUCCCAACUCCAAGGUCUACAGCUCAUUGACCGGUCCUCCAGUUGGCAAUCGGAUCUAUCCAGAGACUGCACGCUCGGGUUUCGAUGCUUCGUGAACCCCGCGUUAAUACCACUAUAUGCGAGAGUCGGUCCGAACUUGGAAUUGCAUACGACACACCUCCCAACGUUACAAUGGCUGAAAGGAAAGCUGCUCGGUGGGGUCUGGCUAGACGAGGAGGAUCUGGAUAAAUUCCAAACCAUCCAGUGUCCUGUAGGGUUUCUAGUCAGUAUCAGCAACUGUAAAACGUCGGCGUCGACCACGACGGAUCUACUUGUUCACGGCGUCCUAUCGAGCGCGACAUCGUUCGGACGGCCUCCUACUCCGCCAACAUCCUCCUCGCCAGGCUCCGGAGAGCUUGCUGGCCCAACGAUCCGACAGGAGCUGCGGAUCUACGCCACGCCGCUGUCCGCCUCUCUCAUCUCCAAAGCGCAAUGUCUCCCGUCUCCGGAUCAGACAGGGGCGCUGGCUGGCGACGGGCGAUCCGCGGAAUUUCUACCGGACAUCCGAUCCCCAAGUCCCAAGCGCAAGCGAGUUGCAACACUCUUUGAAACGGUCGCGCAGCAUCACCGGCGAGUACGACAGAAGGGUGGCGAGGCCGUGUCCCAAUUGAUGGCGCACUCGCUCUCUCAGUCCUCUCAACAACAAAAACAACGGCAGACCGGAACCCGGGGCGUUAAAGAAGAAUCCGAGGAACCCAACUUGUUGGCCUUGGAUCGCAACGCAUCGCAGCGGUCACGAUCUCUGUCGGUCGGGACGAAUCUGCUCUCUGGCAAACCGUUGGAGUCGCGGGCGGAACCUCCGCGGCCCAGCAGUAACCGCAGCCACGCGCGUGAAUUCGCCUUGCGGAGGAACACACCUAUUCCGUUUGUCGAGUCCAUCGUAAAGGGAAAGCGGGAGCCAUCGCCGGCACUACUAUCUUUUGAAGGGAAACAGGAGCCAUUGUCGACUCCAAAGGAUGUCGAGGGUAUCAUUAUGGACAACAAGAAUACCAUCACACGUACGAUUUUAACAUGCAUGCGGUUAUAUGGAUACAACAGGACCACGUCCCGAUCUGGAGGGUCAAGCAAACCCGCCACGGGGACCAACACCCCAGACGAGGAUUCUCGUCUGACGAUGGAUGGCAUUCCAUUGUCCACGUCCGCCUCUGGUACGGACGAAGAUGAGUUCAAGGCAAUGUACCAUGCUACCUACCGCGCCUCAACGUUUGCACUCCGAAAAUACCUGAAGGAACCACCUGCCGACGGCGACCCAUCGAAGGUAUUGCCGCCGUUGCUGGACAAAGGCAAGGCGAUGAACUAUAUUGAUGAAUUCCUGCGAUUGUUCUGCGAGGAGAAUUAA